CGUGCGGCUCCUGAACGCAGCACACGUCACCGCGGUAGCUUGGUGAGCUAACUGUAGCUAGCUUUAGCUUAGCGUUAGCUUAGCUUUACCCAGAGGGCUGUUGGAUCGGAACCCGCGGGCUGAAGAUGUGACGAGCCGCGGCCUGAAGCAUCGGCACACAGGCUGCAGUCAUGGGCCCGGACGCUGCAUCCGUCCCUAAAGCAGAGUCUUCAGAGGAAAGUCCAGACGAAAUCGUGGUGAAGGUCAUCUCAGAAUCUGACUCCAACGACGCUUCGACCGCCACCGAUCCCGAGAGCUCCAAGCGGCCAGAGGGCGGCGACAAGAGCUACCCCUGCUCCACCUGCGGGAAGAUAUUCGACAGGCCGUCGAAGCUCGAGAGGCACAAACCCGUCCACACGAGGAAGCCCAAGACUCUCCAUCAGUGUCAGCACUGCGAGAAGAGUUUCACACAACAAGAGAAGCUGAUCCGACACCAGAACUGCCACAGUCGGACUAACAAGCACCCGUGUCCCGACUGUGGGAAAGUCUUCAACAGGCCGUCGAAGUUAGAGAGACAUAAGCGCACGCACUCGAAGAAACCCAAGGCGCCUCAUCAGUGUUCGUACUGCACCAAGACGUUCAGCAAGCUCAACAAGCUGGUCCGACACAAGCGCAUGCACACCGGCGAGAAGCCGUUCACCUGCGCCGUGUGCGGGAAAGGAUUCUCCGAGUCGGGUCACUGCAAAGCGCACGAGAAGACGCACGAGGAGCAGCCGGAGAAACCUCACUGCUGCACCGACUGCGGGAUGUGCUUCUUCAAGGCGUCGGAGCUGCGGCGACACUUCCGCUCGCACACGGGGGAGAAACCGUUCAGGUGCAGCCUGUGCGAGAGCUGCUUCUCCCGCUCGGAGGGGCUGAAGCGACACAUGAGGAGCCACACGGGCGAGCGGCCGUACAAGUGCAUCGUCUGCGAGAAGGGCUUCUACUCACGCCAGGACCUGAACAUCCACGGACUGACCCACUCCGGAGAGAAACCACACCUCUGCCCUGUGUGCGGGAAAGGCUUCUCGCAGCUCGGCAACAUGAAGGAACACGAGCAGAACGUCCACAUUAAGUCCGAGAAGUACAUCUGCAACGAGUGCGGGGCGACCUUCACGCGCUACAAGUCGCUGACCAAACAUCAACGGACGCACACGGGAGAGAGGCCGUACCUGUGCCUCACCUGCGGUCGCAGGUUUUCCUGGAGUCAUUCUCUGAGCCGACACCGGAGGACGCACACGCACAGACAGAUGUCGAUGGACACGAGCAAAGACAUGUCCAGUUUUGAAGGAGACUCUGUGAAUCCUGGAGCCACGGGCUGAACAUUGAAGCUGCUCGUGUCUUCACCUCUCAGAAGAUCUGUCACAACCAAAGUUCUCUGAGCUCUGAAUAAAGAUAAUAAUGAAACGCUGACGAGUCUCUGCAGCCGUACGAUAAACAGUCGCCAGUCUUCACUAAGUAUCAGAUUACUCUGAUGUAAUCCACUACCUCACUCGUACCCCUGAACAGCUUCAGAAGCGUUCUGACCACCAAACUUUGUCAACUUCAGAUGUGUUGAUGUUUUUCUGCCGUGAGUAAGAAGAGUACGUCAUCGUCUGUUUUUAACGAUCUGGAGUGUUUUAUUUUGAAAAUCAAACCGUUUCUGUGUCUGACUUCCUGUCAGCUGGAUCUGCUCCAUGCUGUUUGACGAGGCGUCCGUCAGAAAUAUUCUCCGUGCAGCUCACUGCAUUUCAUAAACGAUAGUUUGACUUUUGUUGCCAUCAGAAACCGUUAAAAGCCAAAAACUGACAUUGCUGACUCAGAGCAGAAAAGUGCUGUGUCACUGUUUUAUAUUGAUGUGUGUGUCAUGUAUAUGGUGGAGUGACUCCACAUAUUUUAAACAUGUAUUCCAUAGUGCUGUAGUUCACUGCAGAGAAACACAAUGAGUCCAAAAUAUUCAAGUCGUGUUUUUAUUUGUGCAGAUAAAAAUGUGAAUUCAACCAAAAUCUGUCAACACCAAUAAAGUUUCAUGUUUUAGAUGAGUGUGACCGCCUUAAU